GGUGUGUGUGUGAGCACCAUGAGGAAGGCAUAAGUGGGACAGCAGUCCAGUCCACGGGCAGAAGAAUCGUCCAGACACAGGGCAGGUGGUAACACCAAUGAAGACCAGUCGUUGACGGAAUUCGUCCGGAGUAACAUCUUCCCCCUUUGCUGAGCGCGCGCGCGGAUGGUAUCGAACAUCCAUUUUUGAACAACAACAACAACAACAACAACAACAGUAUACCAUCGAAUCGACAAUUUGCUUCUUUUUGGCCCACUAUUACUUCGGGUAGUCUUUUACGUGCGUCUGUGUCCCCACAGUGAAUUGUGUAAUAGUGUCUUGUGUGUUGUAGUGCACCUGUGCUUUUCAACCAAACACUGACAUUGGCGCAUCAUGCGGGCCGCACCGUCUAUGAAGGCGCAGUCUAACUAGGUUAGCCCAACGACCGGAGGCAAUCGCCCGUGAAAACUACUCGACAGACAAAAACAAAAAGAAAAGAAACAAUAUUAUUUAAAAACAAAAAACACACACACACAAAAACAACCCUCGCAACAUGGGAAUUAGGCCGAUUGUCGGCUCCGGCCAGACUGCGAUGGGCAGAGCGGCCGCAGCUAUGAGAUACGUCAUCUUCUGGACAGUGAUGAUGGGGGUAACAGGAGGCCAAGAGCUCCUAACGACUAGGAACCACGACAACCUCAAUGCGGCCGAAAUCCGAUUCGACUCUAGAGCCCUACACUGGAUGGAUUUUUCCAAGCCGGAACCCAGCCAACAGAAACAUCAACAAUGGCUUCAGCCCCCGAUGCCCGUGAACAGCUACAACGCACGAAGGACGGCGGAACAGCAGUGGAACGCUCCAGCACCGAAUCCUUCCGGACAGAACCCUUAUGGACAGAAUCGGCCAGGAUAUUAUGAUUACCAACACCAACAAAAUCAGCAGCAACUACCUAAUCACUCGGAGCGAAAUGCGGGAUACCAGCAGUCCUAUCGCCUACUGCCGCCGAGCGACGGAGCCAUCCAGCAGUGGCCACAACAGCCUCAACAUCAUCAAGCGAUUCCGCCACCCAGAGAUGGGCCCAGUGGCUCAAUGUCCAGUCAAGAGUGGCACCGAGAAGUGGCUCAGCCGCCCAGAGAAAAUACCUAUCACCCCGCGGCUUCGUCGUCAUCAACCGAGACGAGCGACAUCCUUUCCGAUGGCCGAUCCGACGAGAUUCUCGAGGAAGAAUUUUACGAUAGUUCUGAAUUAUUCGACGAGGAAGAAGUAGAACUCGAUUCAACGCCGUCCCAACAUUCGACAGUGGCCAAACCUAAAUCAAAUGACGACAUUUCAGUGCCCGAGAGGGAGGACGAAGAUGAAACGAUGGAAAUUCUUAGCGCUUUCACGUCAGGUUUAUCGAAUUUGCCCCAUCGCAACGAAGAAAGCGGCACAGGAGAUAAAGAUAAAGAGCAGGUGAACGUUAAAGCACCUGCAGCAUCCAUUCAGAACACGCCGACGUGGAAGCAGCUCUAUCCGCAGCUACUGGCUCCAGCGACUCCGCCAGGUAAGCGGGUCAUCGUAGCCGAGGAGCAUCCGUCGUUCAAGCCCAAAGCGAUCGACAAUCAUCGGGUUAGUUACGGGUUGACGGCUGCCUCGGUUUACGCAAGAAUCCAGCCUUCCUUAAGGCAUAGAAAUGGAACCGGAGGACUGCGGCAACGCGUCGUCCCUCGACCUUAUAAGCGGCGACCAAUUUCAGUCAAGAGCACCACCACUGUGCCGCUGGAAAAGAACACUGAACCACAACAGCAUGCGCAAGACGUUGAUGACGUGGAGGAGGAGGAGGAGGAGGAGGAAGACUUGGAUUUGAUUACAGAAGAGACGGAAACAGAAAAUGAGCCGCCAUUAGAGGAAAUGACAGACGAGGAAAUCGAACCAGAGGCAAUAAAACCAAACGAAAAAGAGUCGGAAAUUGAGAUACAAAGCGAGAAGGACCAGCUGACUUCACGGGAAGAUGUCAAUAUAAAUGCCGACACUAAUCAAUCAGAAGACAUUGAAGAAGAAGAGGUGGAGGAAAAAACGCAUCCGACCCACCAGAUCAAAGAACCAGCAUCCACGAUCGAAAACGAAACACUGAAACCCAAAACUUUGUCUCCUCCGGCGACCAAUGGACCUCCUGACAUCAAAUCGCUUUUGCGCAGCGCUGGACCUUUGAGUUUGAGUGAAAUCCUCCAGCAAAAGGGUAUGAGUUUGGCCGAUUUGUUAAAAGGUGGUACCCAAAUAGCUCCCGUUAUUGGCGGCAUCACUACAACUUCUUCUCCUGACGCCCCUGCAAAAAAUCAGGUGAAAGUAGAGCACACUACUGCGUCUACUGCGACCCCGAUUGUUCCCAAUACUUCGACCACCACUACAAAACCGAUGACUAAUGCGCCAAUCCGUCCAGGCACGCUGCCUUCGGUUAAACCCAUUAGUUUGCGAGAAUUGCUAGCAGCUAAAAAUGUCACUUUGCAAGAAAUCAUCCAUCCCAAUCUGGCCCUUUCUAGCACCGAAAAACCCUCCAGUGUUGGCGGAGGACCAACGCUGAAACCGGGAGUCAAAAUGCCUAUUCCUUUUUCAGCUGGAAGGGGUAAAGGACUGGUGGGCCUUGUGGCUUCGACGACGACACCUUCCGAGGGGCUUCCAACAGAAUUCAGUUCAAAAAGCACCACUUCACAGCCGAGCAAAGCGACGAAUUCAAAAGCGGUGAGUGAAUUGAAACCGAUGAUUUUUGGAGGAGGACGACCGGUAGAAGAGGAUGCUGACGAUACAACAACAGCUUCAACAACAACAACAACGGCAAGGACGACAUCACGACAGAUGGUGAUCCAGUCCAAGAGACCUUACAUGGCCGGAGCAAAUGUAGGAGAGUACGGGUCUCAUUUGGGCAGAUCGUUCGAAGAAGAUGACGAAGAUGAAGAUAAUAACGGCACACGUUCAGGUUCUUCCAACAAUAUGAUUGGAAGCUACGGGAUGCAACGACCCAUAGCCACGUCACGACUGACACCCCCUCCACCUCGUAAAAAUCGACCAGUGCUCAAUUUCAAUUACAAUACUCUAUUGGAAGAAGAGGAAGAAGACGACACGCAAACGACAACAACCCCUUCACCAAUUCUAACCCAUUUCAACGAGGAGGAACUCAUCGAAAACGAUCCGUAUUUCGACCUUCCGGUAAGCGUUCGCAACGCCAUCAUCGUCAGUUCAACAAUUGGAGGCUUCUGUUUGGUCGUCUUUCUCGUCAUUUUGCUCGUCUUCCGGAUACGACAGAAGACACGCAUUCGACUUCGCCACCCGGCCGCUUUACUGGGAUUGGGAGGAAUGACAGAUAUGACCGCAUCCAACGGAAGCGACAGCAGCGGAAUAACGACGCCAACAUCCCAUGCGGCUAGUAAAAGCGGCUACGCCAAACUGCCGCGACGUAGCAGUUCCCUAUGGGGGACCCUUCGCCGAUCGGUAAGACAGAUGGAAGUCCAUUACUCAUAGACUUUAGUUUUUUGUUUUAAACAAAUUAAAAAAGAAAAAAAGGAAAAAAAAAAAGAAAAAAAAAAGUUUCUCUUCUAUGAAACGAAGAGACAACUAGUAUUAUUUAUCCACCAAAUUUGUGAGGUGCUAGCUGGGUUCUAGAACUGCUCACCGGUGCGUGUGCCUUUGUGAAUGUGAAUAUCCUGUAGUGCCUUGCUCAUUGUUUGUCCCAUUUUUUUAAAUACACGAAACCCUUAUGUGUUGGAA